CCUAGAAACUAGAAAUUGCAAAGUCUAGCUGGUUUCCAUGUCCCUUAAAAAAGUAAAAGAUUUCAUAUUCCCAUCACUGCAUUGUUCAUUCACAGUCACUUCAACUUCCCAUCAUCCUCAUCAUUCCUCAAAAAGUAGCCAUGACUGAUGAGGUUGUUCUGCUAGAUUUUUGGCCUAGUCCUUUUGGAAUAAGGGUGAGGAUAGCCCUUGCUGAAAAGGGUAUCAAGUAUACAUACAUAGAAGAAGAUUUGAUGUCUUUGAAAAAAAGCCCUUUGCUGCUACAAAUGAACCCGGUUCAGAAGAAAAUCCCGGUUCUCAUUCACAACGGAAAAACCAUUUUUGAAUCUCUAAUUGCUGUUCAGUAUAUUGAUGAAGUUUGGAAUGAUAGAUCUCCUUUGUUGCCUUCUGAUCCUUACCAGAGAUCACAAGCUAGAUUCUGGGCUGAGUAUGUUGACAAUAAGAUAUAUUCAAUUGGAAGGAACAUUUACACCAAAAAAGGAGAAGAACAAGAAGUUGCAAAGAAAGAAUUCAUAGAUACUCUCAAACUGCUAGAGGAACAACUGGAAGAGAAGUCUUAUUUUGGAGGAGACAAGUUUGGUUUUGUGGAUAUUUCACUCAUUCCAUUCUACAGCAGAUUAAAAGUUUUUGAGACCUUUGGCAACCUCAACUUAGAGAGUGAGUGUCCUAAGUUCAUUGCUUGGGCUAAGAGAUGCAUGCAGAUUGAGAGUGUUUCCAAGUCUCUUCCUGACCAGGAUAAGAUCUAUGAGUUUAUUGUUGACAUGAGAAAGUUGUUAGGUAUUGAGUAGGUUGGUGUUUUGGAGAUGCAUUGUUACAAAUGAAUUGAGUUAUUGUGUUUUGUUAACUUUCUUCACCUUUCUUGUAAAAGGAAAAUAGUUGUGUAUGUUCAAAUUCUAUGCUUUCU